AUGGCGGCUCAGAAGAUCAAUGAAGCUCUGGAGCAUCUGGCUAAGGCAGAGAAAUGCUUAAAAACCAGUUUUCUAAAAUGGAAGCCAGACUAUGACAGUGCAGCCUCUGAAUAUUCCAAGGCAGCUGUUGCUUUUAAGAAUGCAAAGCAGUAUGAUCAAGCUAAAGAUGCAUUUUUGAAGGAGGCUGAAGCUUAUGAAAAUAAUAAAGCACUCUUCCAUGCUGCCAAGGCCUAUGAACAAGCAGGGAUGAUGUUAAAGGAGAUGCAGAAGCUUCCAGAAGCCGUCCAUUUGAUAGAGAAAGCUAGCAUAAUGUUUCUGGAGAAUGGAACCCCUGAUACAGCUGCAAUGGCGCUAGAGCGAGCUGGCAAGCUAAUAGAGAACGUCAAUUUGGAAAAGGCUGUUAAUUUGUACCAGCAAUCUGCAUCCGUCUUUGAGAAUGAAGAACGUUUACGUCAAGCUGUGGAACUUCUAGGGAAAGCCUCAAGACUUCUAGUGAGAGCUCGACGGCUUGAUGAAGCUGUGACAUCUAUUCAGAAGGAAAAAAAUAUGUACAAGGAAAUAGAAAAUUAUCCAACAUGUUACAAGAAAACCAUUGCCCAAGUGCUAGUACAUCUACAUAGGAAUGAUUACGUGGCCGCUGAGAAAUGUGUCAGAGAAAGUUACAGUAUUCCAGGGUUCAGUGGGAGUGAGGACUGCACUGCACUUGAACAACUAUUAGAAGGUUAUGAUCAGCAAGAUCAAGAUCAAGUGUCUGAUGUUUGCAACUCUCCUCUCUUCAAAUACAUGGAUAAUGAUUAUGCUAAACUGGCGUUGAGCUUGGGCGUACCAGGAGGUGGAACCAAGAAGAAAUCUCCGGCGACCCCACAGGAUGCAGCCUCUGCUCCCGCACAUGGAGGUUCCAACCUGAAGAGGAAGAUGAUGAAUAUGAAGGAGGACUGUGCUAAUAGUGUAUUCUGUCUGCUUGUGACUGCACAUGUAUGUCUGUGGAACCCAGUCUGCUCAGAAUAA